AUGCAAGUGGGCCAAAUAGCCAAUGCCCUUAAUAAUUGCCUCCUAGGAAACCUACCUAGCAUUACUAAGUCUAACCUUAUGAGGGAUGGAAAAGAGCAUUGCAAGUUUAUAGCCCUUAGGAGUAGGAAAACCCUUAAUGUUGAAAUUGUCAAACCCACUCCUAAUGUAUUCCUCAAGAAACCAUUGGUGGAAUUUCACAAUCAAAAAGAGGAUAAGCAAUUUGAGAAGUUUAGGGAAGUUUUUAAGAGUCUCCAAAUCACAAUUCCUUUUACUAACACUGUUGAGCAAAUGUUGAAGGGUUGUGAUAGCAUUGUACUCACUGAAGAGAGUAGCAUUAUUUUGCAAAGAAGCUUACCACUUAAGCUUAAAGAUCCAAGGAGUUUUACUAUUCGUUGCACUAUUACCAACCUUUAUAUUGGUAAAGCUCUUUAUGAUCUUAGUGCAAGUAUUAAUUUAAUGCCUCUAUCUCUUUUUAGGAUACUUGGAUUAGGUGAUACAAAGCCUACUUCAAUAACCAUUCAACUUGCUAAUAGGUCUCUUAAGCACCCAAAAAGAGUCAUUGAGGAUGUUUUUGUGAAAGUAGGUAGACUUAUCUUUCCAGUAGAUUUUGUGGUAUUGUAUAUGAUGGAAAAUAAAGAGGUUCCAAUUAUAUUGGGUAGACCUUUUCUAGCUAUUAGAAAAGGCACUCAUUGA